UGGAUGGACUUCACGCAGGGCGUGAUGAUGCCGGACAGACCCCUGGAGCCCGACUGCAGGAGCCGUGGCCAGGAGCGGCGCAGGUGCAAAAAGACAAAGCCCAACUACUUGGCCAAGAACUACAGCUACAUCAUUCAUGCUAAAGUAAAAAGCGUAGAAAGAGGGAACUGCAAUGAGAUAACAACUGUGGUUGAAGUGAAAGACAUACUUAAGUCUUCAACACCAAUUCUUUUGUCCCAAGUGCCUCUUCUUACAAAUUCCUCCUGCCAGUGUCCACCUCUUCAACCAAAGCAGGACGUUCUCAUCAUGUGCUAUGAAUGGCGUUCAAGGUUGAUGCUUCUUGAUGGAUGUCUAGUUGAAAAAUGGAAGGAUCAGCUAAACAGAAGAUUUAAGAGGUGGGAGCAGAGACUGCAAGAACAGAAGCGUCGAACUGCCCGCAGUAAGAACCAGAAUUCAGGACGCAGUGGCCAGAGUGGAGUCCUGAAAUCAUCAACCAAGAACACCAACCCACUGAUCAGUGGCCCCAAAAAGGCCAUUAAAAUAAGGAAUGGCCAGAAAGAAAUCAACCCUAAAAAAGUAUGA